AUGACAAGUGAAAAAGCUCUGAAAACGCACAGCAAAAACUUAAAAAUCUUUCAAAAAUUCGAGAACAGUUCUGUGAUGGAACUCGUAUCAGCUUCCACACAGUUUCACAUUUCUUAUUUCUUACAUUGCCUUUCCCCCAUCUUGCAAGUUGUUCAUUUUAAUCCUUUGCUUUCAAUGAUGAAGCCAUCCUUUUCAUCACGGAUGCUCCCUGUCCGUCAUUGCAUAGUUGAGCCCAACGAUCCUUCUUCGUCUAUUGUAGCAGCAGCAGCAGCAGCAGCAGCUACCGCCACUGCAUUUUUGCAUAGUAGCACGAGCGAUUCUACAGCUACGGCCAUAAGCACCCAUAACACCGACAUCAUGGCCAUUACAGAAGGCGUAUUGAAAGCGUUUACUGCGGUGACAGCAGGCCUAAGUUUAACAUACUAUGCUUUACGGUCCGUCUUUUCCGUCGGCCUAGUCAUAGCCUCUCAUUUAAUAGACAUGAUUCGCCCAGCAGCACAGUGGGUCCUGAGCCAUAUGUACCAACUCUUUCUCAAAAAACCAAUGUAUUGCCUUUCUUCUCUGCUCAACUGGAUUUAUCCGAUGAUGAUGUUCUGUACAGCAGCCAGUAUAUGUGGUGUCGUUAUUGGUAGCUGUGCGGGGUUUGUGGCAGAAGCAGUUUCUUCGAUAUUGAUUUCUGCGACGUGGGGAUCAGAUACAGCUGAAAAAGUGAUAAGAGAAGAUAGAAAAGGAGCGGGUGCUGAAGAGGAGAUGGUUCACAAGGGCUCCUCCUACUUGUAUGAGGAGGAGGAGGAGGAGGAGACCGAUGAGGACGAGUUUGAGUCAGACGAAAAAGGCGGCCUAAAGAUCGUUACUGGUGUUGAUACAACAGACGAUGACGGUGACAGCCAUUCUAUCAUAGGAAGCCGAGUACCAUUCACUACAAGUGCUUAUGCUCGACCCACAGGUGUGGGCGGUGGGAGAACAAAAGACGCACAAGAGACCUACGAUGACCAAGACAGAGAGGGCAGAGAGAGAUACAGUCAUGAUAGACCGCCUAGAGCAAGACCAUCGACAUUGAGAAAAUUAGAAAGUGAGAACAGCAACGAUUCGUCGACCACCACGUCUAGUAAUGUAUCAGGGUCUAUCCAAGGCUUUUUGAAAAGAAGAGUUGGCCACCCUAAAAAAAGAUCACCUUCGCCACCGCCCUUCUUGAUGAGUAGACAAAUGCCAUUAUCGACAACCGUGCCACACUCGAUAAAACAGCAGCAGAAAUCGAAACCACUUGGAUGA